AUGUCGGGAUUCACCACGAAGGGCCGGCCGAUAGUCCCAUCGUUCGGCCUAUGGCGAACCGGCGGCAGCGAGGGUCCGACAGACGCAUCGUCAAUCUCUCAGGUGUUUCGGGAGGCGGCCACGGCUCGCUCUCCGCACUCGUCGCCGCACCCUCCGGCGUUUUCAAUCAAAGCGACCGUCGCGUCGCUCGUGGGAAGCGUCAACCUGCUCAGCCUGAGCGACAGCUACGCUGCCGGCGACGCGUCGACAAUAUCCGCCGUGUUUCGCGACAAGAAGAAAAAAAUCCUGCAGGAGAAGCAGCAGCAGAAAGGGCUGUUACUCCUCUCUCCCACACGCGAAGACCCGUCCCCUCCCUCAGGUGCUCCUCCAGGUGCUUAUUCAGGUGCCAUUCCUAGUAAAACCGAGCCUUCACCUGCGAGGGCUGUACCGGCUGCGGAGUCCCUUUCUCUGCUCAGCCUGAGCGACAGUUACGCCGCAGGCGACGCGUCGACGAUAUCCGCCGUGUUUCGCGACAAGAAGAAGAAGAUCCUGCAGGAGAAGCAGCAAAAGGGUUUCGCUCUCUCCCCCACUCGAGAGCCGGCUGCCGUUGAUGCUGCUCAAUCUUCUCAUGCUGAGACGGUUCAACGCUCGCCGGCCGCAGCAGCAGGGCCGGCGGGGGAGAACGUGUCGCUAGUGUUCUGGUCGCGGCAGCAGGAAGGGCAAUCUGGGGAAGCCGCCAAGACGGCGAAGUUUGGAGAGAGAAUCCGGAAGAGUGCAGGCGACGGUGAGGGGAAUGCUUUGGGAAGUACUGCGGAAGGAGCUGGGAUAGUGAGGGGAGCAGGAGGAGGAGGAGAAGGCGAGCUUGAGGCGUCGUUUAGAGCGUCGCACCCGCCUCAAUCCGCGGCGCAUGGGACGGCGCAGGAAGGAGCGCAGGCGACGGGGGUAGAGGCGGCGCAGGCGGCGCAGGGGGCGGAGGCGGCGGAGGGGGAGGGGGAAGGGGCGGAGGGGGCACAGGCGGAGGAAAUCGACGAGGACGUAUUGCACGCGUGCGUGGAUCCCGCGUACGCGGACCCGCGGCGCCAGUUCAUGUCCAACCCCACGUGCUCGCUGGACGAGGCGUUUGACGCCAUCCUGCAGAACAUGGAUAGCGGCCCGCUGGGCUCUGACGCGAGGGCCACGGCCCAGGUGAGAUUAAGACUUAGAGAGCUGAUGACCUGGAAAUUUAGAGAAGCAAACCUCAUGUGCUUGCUGGGCGAGGCCUUUGACGCCAUUCUGCAGAGCACGCCGGACAGCGGCCCGCUGGGGGCUGAAAGGAGAGCUGCAGCCCAGAUGCAAUACGGAUCAAUUAUCAGUAAUGCCUUUAAACGAUAG